UUCACUCUGUAAAUCAAUAUCCCGGAAGCAGGGAAGUGAAUCUAGGAGUUAUGACACACGGCCAAUCACAUUGACUGCUGAUGUAGUUAAGAAAAAGUUUUGAUCCACCCUACAGGUAUCGCAAAACGUUUGAUACUUCCGCAAUAAUCUACAUACAGGGAGGGCGCAUGUAGUCAGGUUGUCUUCAGUCGGUUAUUCAUCCGGUUAUUGAUCAAUUGAUAUUUAAGGGGAAUCGUAUUUUAGCACAAAGACAGAAUGGGAACCGAAAGCCUGAAUCUUAUGACGACUAAAGACCUGAUUAAGAAAGAGCUGUUGGAUUAUGGAGGCUUUGGAGAAGUGUAUCUGUGUUAUCACAAAACAAUGGGUCAUGUGGUGCUGAAGACUGUCUACACUGGACCUCCCCGCAAUGGCCGACAGAAGCAAUCUCUCCUAGAGGAGGGCAGCCUGAUGAGCAGAUUAAACCAUCCAAGAAUUGUCAAACUAUUAGGCAUCAUUUUGGAAGAUGGUGACUACUCUUUAGUCAUGGAGCUGAUUCCUAAAGGCAAUCUGCUUAGUAUGCUUGAGAAGGUAUCUGUCCCAUUAUCUCUGACGGGACGGUUCAUUGUGGAAAUCUUGGAAGGAAUGGUUUAUCUCAUGGAGAACCAAGUUAUUCACAAAGACCUAAAACCAGAGAACAUCCUGGUGGACAAGCAUUUUCACAUAAAGAUAGCAGACCUCGGCCUGGCUACAUCUGAAGCAUGGAGCAGACUGACUAAAGAGGAAUCUCGUCGACAGAGUCGUUUGGACAAGAAAUCCUAUAAGCCUGCUGCUGGCACUUUGUGCUACAUGGCCCCAGAACACCUGGAAAGCAUCCACACCCAUUCCACUGAAAAAUCUGACGUCUACAGUUUUGCCAUUGUAGUCUGGGUCAUCUUAACAGGUCAAGAGCCUUUCAAAAAUGCUAGAAGUGAAGAGCAGAUCUGCCACUGUGUGUGUCAGGGGGAACGUCCCAGUAAAGCACUAAUCCCAAAUGACACGCCUCCAGAAAUCAUUGACCUUAUGGAAACAUGCUGGCAUAAGGACCCUCACAUCCGUCCCAACUUUAAAGAGAACUAUAGAAAAUUCUUGCCAUUUUACCAGGAGAAGCUGGAAGCUAUUGUAGAAGAAGAUUUGCACCAUUUUAUGACAUUGUAUGAGGGUCCAGAAGAACUUGUGGAGAAAUUGAAACUCCUCACAACUUUAGAACCUCAUACGCCUGAGGAGCCUUUGACUCUAUCAAGAGACUCCCCAGCAUCCUUGAGGAGUUCAGACAUCGGUCCAGUGGAGGCCAGCAUUGAAGACCUCAGCUUCAUGCACUCAAGAGAGUCUCUCCUGGAGGUGGAUGCAGAACCUCCAAGCUCUCCAAACGUAGAGCUAAAGCUGGCACAAGAGUACAACUACCACAAAUAUGGCAGCCGUAUAGAUGAACUGGAUUUCAUGCCGCAAAGCAUUUCCAAUCCACUCACACAGCAACCAGCCAGUAGCAGAUGGGAUGCUUCUUCUCAAGGAUCCUCUGUAAAGUCUUGGACUAAGCUCAACCCAUAUCCAAACCCAGAGGAAGAGGGCCAAUUGAGGUCUGCAGCUGCUGCGAGUUCAUUUGAUGGUUUUCGCAGGACAGAAAAUUUAGAUCACUUGUCAGGGCAGGGUUCUGAAUAUAACAGGCCCCAGCAUCAGCCGCCACUGUAUGAUCGUAUGAAGUCCUGUCCUGAAGGUGGAUGCCAUGUAGCAGAACCGCUCAUGCUGGAUUCAAAUCCUGGCUUGCGUUACAGCGCACCUGUCAUAUGUCCUCCGUCAGACUCGGGUGCAAGUUCAGUGUUUAUCUCAAAUGCUCAGGCGAUUCAGAUUGGAAGCUACAACACAAUGAAUUUACGGACCCCUCAAAGCAGCUCUCACAGCUCAUUAUCCACAGGAUCCAUCAGAGCCAGAUACAAUGAGCUGCUACAGAAAUAUGAUGACCAUGCAAUUACGGAAGACCACCUGGACAUUGUUCGUCAGAACAUUGGGAGUAACUGGAAACGCAUUGCUCGUAAACUAGGUCUGACUGAAGUACACGUCGAGACCAUCGAGCAUGAUUAUGACCGGGAUGGGCUGGAAGAAAAGGUACACCAGAUGUUGGAGUGGUGGAAGAUGAGGGAGGGAGUUCUGGGUUUUACUUUAGGUAACCUGUGUCGUGCAUUGGAUGGCUGCACCAAACAUGAUGUUAUCAUGAAGCUAUUGGGUGUUUAAUAAAGUAUAAUGGUGUCCUGUGUAUGUUUAUUCCUGGAGGGAAGGUCCAAAUGGAUUGUCAAUAGUUUUCCUGGCAUGCCCACUUUGAAAAUUUACUGAAUUUAUGAAAUUAUGAACCAAGCACUAAUUAUUUUGCAUUCAGGGAAUAUCAUUCACUAAUACACAUUUUUUUUUAAAUGGGCUUUGGAUGCUACAGCAUAGUGAUGAAUAAUAUGAUUCUAAUUAGAUUACUUCACAUGCAUGUCUAUAUGUACUAUAUUUGUAUGACCUGUAACAAAUACGAUACUUUUUGAUUUACAUAAAAAUAUGUAAGGGUAA